GGCGGCGUGUGUCAGCACGGACGUGUCCCGGGCGAGCAGGACUGAGCCAGCACGGAGCAGCCGCCCUGGAGGACUGCCAUGAGCAGACGGAUAACGAAGCAGGCAGUGAGGCCACCAGAUCGUCCAGGAAGUUUGAGAUCCUCGCCAGAACCCUCGCGGCAGCCAAGACUCACGCUGCUAGCAGGCACAUAGAGCGAGUGAUGUACCCCCGCAAGCAGAAGGCCGAGCUGCAGAAGGUGGCAGUGGUGGGGGGAGAGCCAAUCACCGAGGAGCUAGCCAUCGGGCUGCGCCAGGUGGUGUUCGGCACGCCGGUGACCACGCCACGCAGCGAGUGGCUGCGCACGGGGCUGGUGUUCCGGGAGGCGGAGCAGGACCUGGGGUUCGGCCUGAAGGCGGCUCGCAACGGCACGCGCGGGCUGCUGUCCGUGGUGCAGGCGCACGUGCUCAAGGACUUGCUGUUCCACAAGGACUGCGGGCCGAGCCCCGACCUGCUGCUGAAGCCGUGUCGCGCGCGCCAGCUGGAGGCGCUGUGGACCGCGCUCAGCGACAUCCUGUGGCGGGUGGGCGAGAAGGCCCACUGUCGCGUGUGCCUGCCCCAGGAGGAGGCCCUGGUGCCCCACAGCCACAAGUACUUCCAGGACGGCCUCACCGAGAAGCUCCAUAUAUUUGAGUUCACCAACUACGAAGAUCUGUUCGUGUUCAUCAAGCGGUACACUUUCCUGUUCGCGGAGGAGAACGGACCAGGCACUCUGCUGCUGCUGUACUGCGCCGUGCUGACCCGAGGCUGCGGCAAGGUGAAGCUGGACCUGGGCAGCGACAAGGCGUUCCUGGUGACGGCGGCCGAGGAGGGCUCGCAGUGCGUGGUCACCCUGCUGCUGACUGGGCGCGCCACGCCCUACCUGCACAACGGCGUGGUGUACGUGGGCGACGAGGACCACUACGCGCUGCCGCAGUUCGGGGUGCUGGCGCGCAGCGAGGUGGGCUUCCUGCUGUGGGAGGAGGACCAGGACGGCAAGAUGGACGAGGCCCGCCAGCCCGGCUCGCGCCUCAAGACGCCCUCCGUGCCCGUGUGGGUGUGCUGCUGCCUGGGGCACUACGGCGUGCUCUUCAACACCAACAGCGAGCUGCUGCGCAACUACCAGGCCGAGCGCAGGUUCGACCUGUACUACUACACGUGCGGCGGCAACAUGAGCGUGCUGAGCGUGGACACGAGGUGCAGCGCGGACACGCGUGAGGCGCGCGACGACAUGGGCAUGCCCUCGCUCGAGAAGCUCAUACACACCAAGUGGCAGGGCGCGCGGGUGCACUGGAGCAGCGGCCUGGCCCCGGCCGUGUGAGGCACGCAGUGUUGGGGGCGGAACACUGGGGCACUCCCCCGCCCAGAGUCCCCGGCAGAGCGGCAAGCAGCAAGCACCUCCCCGGCCGUCCUAGCGUGCACGCAAGCCCAGGCACCAUCUUCGCCGAAACAACUGCUACAGUUCUACCCAUCCAUGUGUUUGUCGCUUUGUCCUGUCUGCCAAGUUGGAACUGUAACCUCAGCAACACAAACCAACAGGGACCAGGCUAUCUUGCAAUCAUUCAAACACGUUUACUCUUUGUAACAUUCUGUUCGUAUGUGUGCAGACGCACCAUGGUUACGCUAACCAAGUAUCUCACUUUAUCAUGAACAUGUAUGCAACAGGAAAACAUAACAUUGGGUGUUUUUCCAUUAAUCAUUUCAUAAUUAUUGUAAAAUAUGCCCACUUUGUACAAGCAGUCUUUUUGUAUUACUGAUGUUUCAGUGGAUACCCACAGUAAUUUGCACCAACGAAAGCCCAGAAUCUGCACACUGCUUCUCCUAACUGAACUGUGCCUAUACGUAGCUACACCACAGCAACAACUCAUCACAUUUCAUAUUUAAUCCUGCACAUUCAUCUUCUUACAUUCCAAACAGUACCACAAGGUUAAAGUAAUUCAUACAGUUUUGUGGUAACUGCUACAAUGAAGUCACCAAAUGAUUAAAGAGCACCGUAUGAGUAUAAAGAGACCUGCUGUUUUAUAUUAAUAAGUACUUUAAAAAUGUCUGUUACACUUCAAUGCUGCAGUCCUUCACUUUGACUUGUGGUCUGCUGGGUUUAUGGCAUUUACAAACAUGUUUAAAACAACUGGUUCAAGUAUGUAACUUUAGGUUUUAAAGAUAAAAAAUUGUUUGACUGUAAACCAGCUUAGCCAACAUCACUGGAAGCUAUGUGCAAAGUGUCUUGUUUUGUAAUGUGUUGUGACUGUGUACAUGUCUGUUUUGUCUGUAAACUACACUUGAUUAGCAAGUAAAUAGUUACCAUCAUAAUAUUUAGUGUACUAUAUUAUUUAAGAGAUAAAAUAACAGUUGUCCAUUAAUUUUUAUACAUGUGAGAAUUUUACAUAAUUCAAUAUACACACAAUGAAGCUCACAUGUCCUAGGAAAUUCA